AUGUUGUAUAAUAAUUUUAUGAUUAUUAGUCAAAUAACCAAUAAUGAUGAAUUGCAAGAGCCAUUAGAGACAAAUAUGAAUAAAAGCUCAAAGGUUUUAUUAUGGGGAAGAAGAUGUUAGAGACUAAGUUUUGGUAUUGAGAAUCCAAUUUGGAAAUUCAAGGCUUUUAAGAUUAUUAUUUUGGUUUCUAGAUUUUUGUUUCUAGUAACACAACAAAUAUUAAGAAAAGACUUAAAAAAUAUUUCAAAAUCUGAAUUCAACUUAAUUCAUGAUUCCUCCUCAGAUUAUAAUUUUUUUAAGUAUCGAGGUUACCUUCCAAAAGAUAAACCAUCUUAUUUAUUAAUGAAAAUUCAUUUAUGGUUCUCUUGCAUUAUAUGUAAUAUUUCUAACUAUUAAAGAAUAACAAAAUACAUUUUUACAAAACAAUCAUAAAAAAUGGCUUUUGAAACCAGAUGAUACAAUUAUGAUAGUAUGGAAUGUGUCAAUGAUUGUAAUUGUUACAAUUAAUGUAUUUUAUGUAUCAUUAAGAAUAUCAUUUCCUGAAAUCAGAGAAUUGUAUUUGAUUGGUAAGGAAUUGAUCUUUGAACAAAUCCCAGUAUUUAUUUUUUUCCUUGACAUUUUAUUGAAAUUCAAUACUUGUAUAUAUUUUAGAGGUAAUCUUAUUUCAAAUAGGAUAAAGAUUAUUAAACAUUAUUGUGCAGAAGGUAAUUUUUUGUAUUUUUAAAUAGGUUUAAUAAUUGAUUUAUUGUUGGUAGUGCCUUUUUUUAUUGGUUAAUUACUAAAUUUUAGUCAUUUAGACUUUGUAAUUGUUUUGAAAGUGUUUUAACUUUCAGGUUUAUUUUCUUCAUUAUUUAAUCGAUUAGAAUUGACUUCAAGACAAACAGCAAUUUUUGAUUUAUUUAAAAUGAUGUAAAAGUAAAUUGAUAUUCUAGUUCAUUUAUGAUUUUAGUAGCUCAUUUUUCUGCAUGUAUCUGGCAUAUUCUUGGAUAAUGGGGAUAAUGGGGUCAUGAAGAUGGAAAGACAUGGAUCAAAGUAAUUAAUAUAUAACAUGAAUCAUGGUUAGACAGAUAUGUUGUUUCUUUUUAUUGGAGUAUUGUAACUAUGACUACUAUUGGAUAUGGAGAUAUCACACCUGUAAAUUUGACAGAAAGAAUAUUUGUAAUUUUUAUGACUAUGAUUUCUUCUGCAACAUUUGCUUAUACAGUCAAUAAUAUUGGAGGUAUUUUUUAAGAUUUCUCCAAAUAAUCUGUUCAACUAAAAAAUAAUAUGAACGAAUUAAACAGAUUUCUAAGAAGUUAAAAUGUUUCAGAUGAUUUACAAAUUAAAUUCAGAAGAUAUUUUGAAUAUUUAUGGAGCAAACCUUCUUAAAAGGUUAUAUAAUUUGCUGAUUUAAUACCAAGAAGUUUAAAGGAUUAAAUGAUUGUCGAUGUAAAUAUAAAGAUAAUAAAUCAAAUAAGUUUUUUCUAACAUUUUAGUUAACCACUUUUAAAUAAAUUAUGUAUGAAUUUAGAAGAGAAAUAAAUUUAGUCAAAUGAUUAUCUUUUUACAAGAAAUAAGCAAUCAUAAUAUUUAUACAUACUUGUUUCUGGAGAAAUUAAGUUAUAGAUCUAAUUAAGAGAUAAGAUUAAGCAACUGUAAAAUAUAGAUGUACCUUCUUUUAUUGGGUAAUUAGAUUUCUUUUACAAUUAACCUUAUUCUUAUGAUGCUAUUGCAUCUAAAACAACUAAAAUUCUUCAUAUUUCUAGAGAAUCACUUCACAACAUUUAUAAAGAUUUUCCCUUAGAUUAUGUAUAAUUUAUUUUACAAUAUUUUUUAGGAAAAGUUCAAAUAAAUUUCAGAAGACAUUGUUCAAAAAAAAUAAUUAUUACAUAUAUCAGUAACUUGUAAUACAUGUUAAAGUAAUACCCAUUUUAUCAAUUCAUGUCCUUUUCUUUUUGGGACACCAAAUAAAGCAAAAGCUAUCUAUAACUAUAGAAAAUUUACUCCAAGUGAUAGAAAGUCUUUUUUCUAAAGGCAUAAUCAUUCAAGAAAAAUGUAUGCUUUGAAACAUCAGUUUAUUGUUUUAGAAAGCAUCUUGAACUACAUGAUGAAGAAUGAAGAAUUUAUUCAUAUUGAAGGUUUUAAAGAAUUACAAAUGUAAACUUAGCAAAUUUAAAACAAUUAAUUUACUUUCAAUUAAAUACCUAUAGGACUCUCAGUUCAUCACUCAAAUAAUUCUGUUCUACCUCCACUUCUAAUUAACUCUUCAAGUAAACAAUCUUAAUCUUAAAGAGUAUUAUAAUCUGUUGGAAAUUUAUUGCCUCCUUAAAUUGAUGACUCUCCUAGAACUUUUCGUAAUAAUUAAAUUAUAAACACUACAAACUUAAGAAAUUAUCAUAAACUUUCAAUAAAUCAUGGUUCUUAAACAGAAUUACCAAAAAUUGAAGAUGAAGUUCCGACGAUUGGUAAGUAAUAAAAAAGAAAUGAUAUAGAAUCAUUAUGUGUAAUAAAUGAUAAUUAAUAAUAAUAAUAAUAAUAAUAAUAAUAAUAAUAAUAAUAAUAAUAAUAAUAAUAAUAAUAAUAAUAAUAUAAAUAAUUAAACCAAUAAAAUUUUUAAUAAUAAUAGUAACAUUAAUAACAUUAAUUAUUACCUUAAAUUUAAAUAAACUAAAUAGGACUCAGAAGAAAAUCUGUUAGAUUAAAAUUAGAAGAAAGUUCAGAAGAUGAAAAUGAUGAUUCAGAUAAAAUUAUGGGAUAAUAUAUAGAUAUAUUUUAGUAAUUCGAAAGAAUGUACGAAUUCAUUAACUAUUAUCCUCAUAAUAAUAUUUCGAUUGUAAUUAACAAAGUAUGA